UUUUAAUAAUAGGUUUUAUGAAGACUAGAAAAUGUCAUUAAGCGUAAAGUACAAAUUAAAUUGUUUUUGUUUAUUAACUGUACUGUGAGCUGAUUUGAUUUAACUUAAUAUCAAACUUAAGACACAAAAUCACAAAGUUGGUACACAUGAUCAGUCCAAGGCAAAAAGAAAAAGAAAAAGUUAAUUCCUGAUGCAUGUCAUGCUUCAACCAGAAAGCAGGUUAUUAGGUUUUUAUAAAUUAGUUCAACAUUUGUAUUUAAUAGCUGCAUCCAAAGAAGGCACUUUAUGCUUUUACAGUGCCCCAAAAAGCACACUUAAGCCAAUUAAUUUAUGAAUUUAAUUUUAUCAGUUGAAAUUGCAGACCAACUGGCAUCUGCAGGCAUAACAUGAGUUUUUCUCAGAACUAACUUCCAUUUUUGGAGUCCUUUUGAAGUUGCUUUAAAAAAAAAAGAGAAAAAAAAAGAGGUGAAUUAGUGAAUGCAUAACAGGUGAGUAAUGCACUGCAUAUUCCAUUCAUAAUUAACCAUUUAAUGACUGUUACUACCAAUAGUUUGUUUGAUUUGUUCUGCUAAAUGUAGUGCUACAUAAUUUAUGUACUCAUUUUAAAUAAGCACACAGUGUUUAUUAAGAACUUUUUGUGAGAUAUUAAUUUUUCACUUACUUAACAAACCAGGUGUUAAGAGAGCAUUUCAGGUACAAUCAGAAAAAAGACAAACAAAACAAAACUGGGCCUUCCACCUUUAUGUCACUCCAGCAGGAAACUGCUGUGGUCAGGAAAAAGAGCCCUUCAUUCACCUGCUCACAUUUUUACAAUAUUAUGAUGUUUAAUUACUGUUUUGAUCACAUGAUCAAUUUGUUUGGGUAUGUAUUUGUCUUUCAUUGAUUUGUUCUUUGACUGCGGUUAUGUUUAGCCUUUUCACUUCAAGGCCAGGAUUAAUAUUUUGUUUAGAAGCAUAGAUUAUUAUCCCUCUUUCUUCAUAAAUUGUUAAUUACCCCAGGAUUCUUGUUUCUUUCAUUUACUUUUUUAAUUCAUUAGAGUAUGAAGUCAUUUAGCCUCUAAACUCUGCGAAAUUAAACCCAGCUGUAGUUCAGUGUAUGAACUGGACAUUUUCCAUGUUUGACAAGAGUAAAAGUGUCUAAAUAUUUUCCUUGUUCAUCCUGAACAGUAUAAAUAUAUUGUUUUAUAUAUUGGGUUUUUUUUUUUUUUUUUUUUUUUGGCAAAUGUUUUGCUUGUGCUGUCUUUACAAGAAAUGUCACUUGGUUUAAUAUUUUUAUCUAAUGCAAUGACUUUUUAUACUUUUUUGGGGUCACUUUAUUAACAGGAUUGCCACGCAUUACAUACAGUAUAUUUAAAUUAAGAUUGGGUUAAACCCAGGUGUAGUUCAUUGCAUAGACUUUUCCCACUAAUUUUAACAACAAAUUAUGUCUAAAUAUUUUCCAUAUUCAUUUUGAACAAUAUGUAUAUUGUUUUACCAUUUAAACCAAACAAAAAUAAGAAGUGAAAAAAAAAGGAGUGCUUAUUUUGUCUGUCUUUACAAUAAAUGUCACUUGGUUUAAUAUUUUUUUUUUAUCUAAUGCAAUGACUUUUUGAGUGUCUAAAUACUUUUUAGGGUCACUUUAUACUAACAGGAAUGCUAUGCAUUAGAUAUAUUCAUAACUAAUGCAAUGUAUCUUUAUGCCACUACACUGUGUGUAGACAUUCGGCAAAUACCGAAAUAGUUGGAAUUUUGCUUAAUUGCAUGACAAUAUCUAAACACUAGAGGACGCUAUUCAUCACAAAACUGUGCUGCUUCUCUCCUGGAAAUGAUAGUACCAUCGAUUCAGCCCUGGACAUUUGUUUCAUAUGUUCCCUCUCUCAUGUCACCAUGUGACUUCAGAUGUUUUCUUUCUAUUACUGUUCUCAGGUUUAGUGACUUUAUCAAGUGAACAGCGCUCUGAUUGACAGGUAUCAGUCAUGGUAACACUUCAGCACCACGGACAGCGCUCCGCUUACCUUAAACGACACCACACCAGACCAACUGCAUCAACUGCCACCACGGACUGUGUUAAGACUGAUGUAAUGCCGAUGUAAACACUGUAUAGGCGUACAUCCACUAAAUUUUACCAUGGGAUCCGUGUUAAAAGUAAUUGCAAAAAUUGCUUAAGUGAAAACAGUUCUAGUUUGAAUGUGAUUUUUUUUUUUUUUUUUUUUUUUAAAUGUUGCAUUAAUUAUUUGAUAAUUGUUGAAUUAAUAAAAUUAAAACCACAGCCCUUCUCAGAUGGCGAUGAAUUUUAAUCGUUAUAUAUUUUAAGACCUGUCUGUUUCAGGAGAUCCAGCUGGUGGUGUGGUCUCUGGUGUAAGCUAUUUUUUAUUCAUAUGAAUCUGUAGCAAACUAUUUUUUAGUAGGCCUAUUGCAGAAACAUUUUUAAAAAAAAAAUAUAUAUAUAUAUAUAUAUUUAGUAUUGCUAUAGAUAUGCAUAUAACAAAUUUUUUUAUGUUAUAUAGAAAGUAUAUAUAAAGUAUACAUCUAUUGAACUGUUGCCGAAGUCAUCGAGCUAGCAGCUGAUUGGCCCGCGUUAGCAAACGUUCCAAUAUGACGUGCAGCUUCAGUGUAGACAGCCUCAAGCCGUUGCGGCGCGACGCGUCGCGAGGCGUCACUGGCCGCUUCCAGUGUAGACUCAGUGACAGAAUCGCACCGCUCUCCAGACGGACCCACCGUUGCUGUCACCGGAGGUUCCCAUUAUACUCUCCCCUUCACCUCCCCCCCAAAAACAAGAACGCACUAGACAAGACGACUACGUGCUCCGCCGAGAUCUCCACAAUAGACUGGAUGCGUACGUAUAUAGGCUGGUAUUUAUUCAAAAAUAAUGUUUCGAUGAAGCGUCUUGGGUUGUUUUCGGCCUGCAAGACCGCGAUUUUCAGAUCGUUGGAUCAAUGGAGACGGAUACGUGUUUAUUAGGGUGUCUUUUCUUCGACAAAUAAUGGAUUACCCAGCAUCUGCUUUGAAGAAUGAAGAAUCGUACGACGCUGACGUGAACAAAACGAUGUCUUGGAUCUCCAAACGGCUAGAGGUAUGGUCAUAUAAAAGACUCAACUGAUUGUUAACGGCUGAUAUUUUGUACAUCAAACUGGGGGACCAGGACUGCUUAAUGUCGGAUUACAAAGCCCAGGCUGGGUUGUGCUUGCACAGAUGGCGAACACAAGUGAUCCAGGGGGAAGCAACCCCUCGCUCCAGAAUUAUGCCAUCACUGCGUCUGCGGUCAAACUGGCGUCUUUGGGGCUCAUCACCUGCAUCAGCCUGCUCGGGAAUACCGUGCUCUCCGUGCUGGUGCUGAAAGACAGCUCGCUCCACAAGGCUCCAUAUUACUUCCUCCUCGACCUGUGCGUGGCAGACAUCAUCCGCUCGGCUGUGUGCUUCCCGUUCGUGAUGAUCUCCAUCAACAGCGGCUCCGUAUGGAGCUACAGUAUCAUCAGCUGCAAGAUCAUCGCGUUCAUGGCCGUCUUGUUCUGCUUCCACAUCGCGUUUCUCCUGUUCUGCGUCAGCGUAACGCGCUAUAUGGCCAUCGCGCACCACCGGUUCUACUCCAAACGCAUGACGCUAUGGACAUGCGUCGCGGUGAUAUGUAUGGUGUGGACGCUUUCAGUCGCCAUGGCAUUUCCACCCGUCUUCGACGUCGGGACCUACAAAUUUAUCCGCGAGGAAGAGCAGUGCAUAUUCGAGCACAGAUACGUGAAAGCCAACGACACGCUGGGCUUCAUGCUCAUGCUGGCUGUGAUUGUGGCCACGACGCACGUCGUGUAUGUCAAAAUGUUGUGUUUUGUUUACGACCACCGUAAAAUGAAACCCGCGCAGCUGGUUCCGGCUAUCAGCCAGAACUGGACCUUUCACGGACCUGGCGCGACGGGCCAGGCCGCUGCCAACUGGAUCGCGGGGUUUGGACGCGGUCCGACGCCGCCGACGUUAGUGGGCAUCAGACAAGCGGCACACAACGCCAACCGGAGGCUGCUCGUGCUGGACGAGUUCAAGAUGGAGAAACGGAUAGGAAAGAUGUAUUACAUGAUAACGCUGGCGUUUCUGCUCUUCUGGGCGCCCUACAUUGUCUCGUGCUACAUCCGGGUGUUUGUGAAGGGAAACGCGCUUCCUCAGGUGUACCUGACCGCGGCCGUGUGGUUGACGUUCGCCCAAGCGGGGGCGAAUCCCAUCAUAUGUUUCAUAUUCAAUAAGGAGUUGAGAAUGAGAUUCAGAGCCUGUUUGCCGUGUUGCCUGACUACACAAACACCAAUGGAGCCCUACUGUGUGAUUUGAAGUGUUCUACUCAGUUGUUUUCACUGGCUCUGCCUGCUUGUCAACAUAUCCUUACGAAAAAUUUCCAUGGUUUUGUCAUAGUAAAACUUUGGUUUUUCGGCGUAUAACCACAACAAAACCAUAUUUAAACUAUGGUUUUUGUAGCAAAACCAUAGUUAUUUCGUGGUAACCAUGGAAUAACUACAAGAACCAUGUUUUAUUCGUAGUAAAACCAUGGUUAAUUUUCGUAAGGGACAGUGGCCUCAAAAAGUAGAAGAGACCGGCGAGUGUUUAUUCUCUAUAUUUGGAUUAGAAUAUCCCCAUAUUUGUCGUCUUCAAAUUAAAAUACUUCUUCCUAAACAGUAUAAAUUCAUGUCGAGUACAAAGAGUGCUGCUUUAACAAGCCAUUCUUCUCAUGGGAAUGGGUGUAACAUUAAUAGAAAUAAUGUAUGUUUUAACUUUUGUGCAUUCAUUUCUUGUGGUAGGCCUAAUCAGCCACCCCAUCAACUGCCAAAUCCAUUUCAAUACAAAAAGGGAAACAUAAUUGAAAUAUUUUGAAAACAUAAUACAUUUGCAUAUCACACAAAUGACUCUUCUGUCAUUUAACAUCCAUGAUCAAAUUGUAAUGCAGACAUGACUUUGAAAUUGUUUUGCCUCCAAUAGUGAUUUCACCCUGUAGCUCAUUUCUGAUUGGUUAAACGCACUGUGUUAAAACACUCCCCAAUCUCCCCUAUAAUGUGCUUUCUUUUCUUUUUUUCUUCUUUUUUUUAUGAAUGCCACUUGAUAUUUUGUUAUCUAAUGCAAUGGCAUUCAUCCAUGUUGCUGAUACUUUUUGUGGCCACUGUAGCAUGUGAUCUUUUCUUUCAGUAAGAGGUUAAAAAGACCAACAUUGCAUAUCAGAAGAUCCAUAUCCACAUUUAUGCAAUCCACAUAUCGAUGUAAAUAAUGUAAAAAGAUGAUUUAUUUAUAUUCUGGAGCUCUUUAUAACUGAUAUGUAAUAUAUUUGCUAUGACUUUUUGUGUGAACAAAACAGCCAGUGGCUUUUUACAAUCACAUGGACUAAAUGUGAAUAAACCAAGUCCCUCUCACAGUCCCUUUAAAUACUGGAAAAUUGUUUUCAGUGGACACAAGCGAAUUUGGCUGAUGGGUCAGUGUUGAGGAGACCAUGAUUUGUAUUUUAAUUAAAAUAAAUGAUUAUAAAUGUA